AUGCCCAGCCCAGAAGGUGACGGUGCUGCGGUGCCCGUGGGCGGUGAAGCACACGAGGAGGAGUUCGUCAAGCAGGAGUCCAUCAAGCAGCACUGCGAGACAUGGAUUUCUGGUUUGGCUUGGCAGAAGAAGGUCUGCUUCUGCAGUAUUUACCCCUUGGCCCAGCGACUGUGGCGAAGGAUGGGGCUGAAACCUCCUGCCCUGGCAGCCCUUGGGGUGCUGCUGGCCCUGGCUCUGCUAGUCCUUGUCCACCUGCCUCCACCACCGGACCACUGCCCCCACCCACCACCAGCACCACUCCACCCAGGUCCCCAGAGGGAGGCAGCCACCCCCGAGUCCGGGGGAGAGGUCCACAGUGAAAGGCUGCCUGUACCCCGCACUCACCUGUGGUGGGACCAGCCCCCCAGCCAGGGUCAGAAGUGGCAGAAGGGGAUGGCAGGGGACGCUCCCCCGUGGCUCUCAGCCGAUGACCUCCAGAAGAUGCGGCUGCUGGCUGGUGGGAGAGUGGUCUCCAAAGUCCGUGUCCCAGCCCACGGGCAAGUCCUGCGAGUGGGGCUGCGGGCCGCGGAGGACAGCGAGGGGGACGACUUGCCAGACAACCCAGAGCUGGACUGCCAGGACGGGCGCUGCGGGCUCAUCAAGCGUUCUGGGGACCUCUACGAGGUGCUGGCGUUCCACCUGGACAGGGUGCUGGGGCUGAACCGCAGCCUGCCCGCUGUGGCCCGGCGCUUCACCAGCCACCUCCUGCCCUACAGCUACACCAACGGCUCCCUGCGACCCAUCAUCUGGUGGGCACCUGACCUCCAGCACCUGGAGGACGCCAACAACGACCAGAACUCCUGCACUCUGGGGUGGCUGCAAUACCAGGAGAUGCUGCAGUCCCACAGCCCAGUGCCUGUGGCUGGGGAUGUUCCCUGCUCCAGCAUCCCACGUGAUGAGUGGAGCCGCCUAGCACUCUUCGACUUUCUCCUCCAGGUUCACGACCGCCUGGAUCGCUACUGCUGUGGGUUUCAACCUGAUCCCUCUGAGCCCUGCAUGGAGGAAAUGCUCCAUGAGAAGUGCCAAAACCCGGCAGAGCUGGUCCUGGUUCACAUCUUGGUCCGGAGGAGCGCUCCGUCCCGGCUGGUGUUCAUUGACAACGCGGGCAGGCCACAGCACCCUGAAGAGCAGCUCAACUUCAGGCUCCUGCAAGGCAUAGACAGCUUCCCAGCAGCAGCAGUGUCCACACUGCAGUCAGGCAGGUUGCAGAGCCUGCUGCUGGAGUCACUGCACAUGGACCAGGAGCUCUGGGAAAGCCAGGGAGGUGCUGAGGGCCUGAAACCCCUGCUUCAGACCAUCGACAGGCGAGCACGCAUCCUGCUGCAGUACAUCCAGGAGCACAACCUGAUGGUCUUCGAGGACUUUCUGCACUGA